AGGUUGAGUGAGGGAGCUGCGGCAGCAGCAGAGUGCCCCGUGCUGCAGUAAAAAGGAGGUGAAGAAGACAGGGUAGAGCCAUGGCAGGAUGGGGCCUCCUUCUGCUCCUCCUCCUGUGGGUGGUCUCCCUGGCCCAGGGCUCGUCUUUCCUCUCUGGUCAGCGCCACCGGACCCGUCUGCAGAGGGACCGUCAAGCCCGCAACAACGUCCGACCCAACAUAAUCCUUAUCCUCACUGAUGACCAGGACAUCGAACUGGGUAAGACACAGUAGGACUAGCAGGGUGUGUGUAUGUGUGUGUGUGUGUGUGUGCAUGCGAGUGUGUGUGUGUGCGUGCGUGCAUUCUCCAUUUGCCCACUCAAAGUCAAGAACCCCAUCGCCAACUUAAUUAUUGGCAUGGAGUGAGUGGCCUAUGGUAUCCAUUGUCUGAGUGCCAAACUCUGGCCAUCUCCCUACCCGUUUAAGCUUUUAAACUGCGUAUUGGUCUGGAGUGCCAGUAUAAUGGCCUCGCUGACACCCCUUGUCCCGCUCUGAUUGGUGAGAAAAACUCCAUUGAAAACCAGGAAUUUAUGGUUGAGCAUCUGUUUCACUAAACAAUCGGCAUCAGCAUGAAAAGCCUUUAGUACACAUGAAUUAAAAUGGGCAACACAUCACAGAAAAUAUUUAUUCUUAUAAAGUUGCUGCUUCCACUAGUGGAGCCUCUAAGUCCAAAGGCUCGGUUAUUUUGAUUAAAAGGAAUGUAACUUUAGUUAUUGAAAAGACUAGCAAGGAACUGUCAGGCCGCUUAGCUUACAUUUGCACAUUUAUAUAUGGCAAGAAAGUAGCAUUUAUGUCUGUCAAUGCACCCGCUGUUUUUGAGGACAGCUUUUUCCUGGGCUUACCAAAGAAUUGUUAUCACUUUCAGAGUACGAAUUGGUUUUAGGGGCAGAUAAAUUAUGAAUGUAGUUUUUGAUCUCAGGCUUGAUAGAUCCACGCAAACUUUUUCACAUGCCCAACAAUCAGCAUCAUUAGCGUUGAAUGCAAUGAAGGAAAAUCUCAAUAUCUCUGAUGUGUGGCGAGUUCAGAAUCCGGGCAUCGAAUUGUUUGUGGCUGAAUUUAAAGUAGUUGAAAUCUUAGCGAAAAACAAGGACUCUGUAGAGGACCCAAGGUUUACAUGGAUGGUUAUUAAAGGGUUUAUCAGAGACUUUUGCAUCUCACCUCAAUAAAGCCAGGAAUCACAGAAUCAAAAAUGUACAUUAAAAUCACUUGAACAGAACCUGAAAAGGAAUCACUCAAAUAAUGUCAGCAAUGAUUUGAGGGUGGUUAAACUGGAGCUUAAUGAUUUAUUAAGGAGGAGACCUGAGUUUAUCAUGCAUAGAGUGAGGCAGAACUAUUAUUUUAAUGGGAGCAAACCAAGCAGGCUUCUAGCCUUAAAACUGAAACAAAGUGAAUCUUGUACUUCUAUAAUAAUAAUAAUAAUAUGCCAUUUAGCAGACGCUUUUAUCCAAAGCGACUUACAGUCAUGUGUGCAUACAUUUUUACAUAUGGGUGGUCCCAGGGAUCGAACCCACUACCCUGGCGUUACAAGCGCCAUGCUCUACCAAUUGAGCUACAGAGGAAUCUAUUCAACUGCAACAUUUCAGUCUUUUUACCAGGAGUUAUAUAAAUCUUCUAUCCAGUUUGAGCCAGACAAAUGCAAGAAGUUUUUAGAUUUUCUUGAUUUGCCCAUAUUGGAUGAGAAGCAAUCUGCGGAUGAGGGCCAACCCAUCUCACUAGAGGAACUGGAAUCAGCACUGAAAGGUGCUAAAAAGGGUAAAUCACCUGGAUGGCAUUCCACCUGAACUGUUGUUACAUUUUUGGGGCAUUAUUCUCUCUACUGCCAAAGAAAGGGAAAUAUCACACAGAUUGUGCAAAUUAUCGUCCGAUAUCUUUAAUUAAUUCCUAUGAAAACACAGUAUUGGGUAUUAGUAUACAAACAUCUAUGCAUGGUCUGGUGAAGUUUAAUUAUGAGAACAUUUACUAGGAGGUUGAACGAGAUUUAACCGUUUGGAAGAAGUUGCCUGCUUCUUUACAAACUAGGGUUGCUUCCAUAAAGAUGAAUGUUUUGCCACGUAUUAGAUUCCUGAGCAUGAUGAUCCCACUCCCUCCACCAGUAGGUUAUUGGGGGAUGAUUGAUAAACGUAUACGUAAAUACCUUUAGAAUGGCAAACAUCCAAAGAUUAGGUUUGAGGUGUUACAAUGAUGGAAGUGGACUUGCAUUACCAAAUUGUUUUAUUUACCACCAGUCUUUCCAGUUACGCCUACUUAGAUCAUGGUUUGAUCAGUCUACAUCUGUCUCUGUUUCACCUAUUAGAUUGCAGGAUGUGUUAUUUUCUGGUAUAGCUAAUAAGAAAUGCAUUUUGUAUUUUGGUCCUAUUAUUUCUAAUACAAUAGAGAAUUUUAGGAAGGUUGAGAAGUGUGUAGGUGGUAACUGGAAAUGGCAUCUCCAUACCCCUCUAUGGCAUAACAAGACUAUUACUUCCGGUAAUAAACCUUUUGAGUCUAGAGCCUGGUCUGCAAAAGGGGUCAAUAAUCGAGGGGAUAUAUUCAACUCAAAGGGUCUUCUCAGUUUUCAGGAACUCCGUCUUAAUUUUGAUUUGCCAGGGUCUUCAUUCUUUCUUUAUAUUAGAUUACGGUCAGCGCUUCCUGCCUAUGGCGUCCCAUGGGGUACAAGUCUGGAAAGGCACCUGGUGAUAGAGUGGAUUUUUACAUUCCCAUCCAGAGGUUCUGUGUCUGCUAUUUAAUCUCAUCUUGAACUAUUAAAACAAAAAUAUAUUUAAAUGGUUAAAGCAUGGGUAAAUGAUUUGGCUGUCGAUGAUGAGGCUAUUGAUUGGGAGAAUGUCUGGGAGAAUAUAUUUCACUCAUCAGAGAGCCCAAACCAUCAAUUAAUUCAUUUAAAUCUUUGUCAUAGAUCAUACUGGACAACACUUGUAAAAUGUCAUGCAAAACAGGCUCAAAGCUCAUACUGUGACCUAUGUAACCUAAACACACUUGGCACAUACAAACAACUGAUAUGGGAUUGUCCUGAGGUUUAUGAGUUUUGGAGGAAAGUGUUGUCUAUUCUCUCUGACAUGGUUGAUAAAACUGUACCCCUUGAACCAAUUCCGCUGUUGCUUAACGAUGAUACAGGUAUGUAUGCAGCUGAAUGAGAAACAGCAAAAGGUUUGGCUGGCUGGGUUGACUGCUGCCAAAAAACUUGUUUUUCAGCGCUGGUUGCCACCACAAGGAAAUGGCUAGCAUACUUUCAGAACGUAAUUAUAUUGGAGUUAUCCACUGCCCGUAUCAAUAAAGCCAGUGCUAGCACUUUGGAAACAUGGAAAGUAGCCACCUCAGAAAUCUCUAAACUGUUGGAUAUGAUGUAGGUGUGUGAUGUAAAAUGCUUACUUGAUGGUGUUGUAUUAGCAAAUGACUUUGCUGUGUAUAUUCUAGUGUAGUGCGUGUUGUUUAUUUUAAUUUGAUUCAAACUUUUUUAUACAUAUUUUUUUUUAUAUAUUAUGGGUUGUCCAAGGUUGGGGAUAGGUUGGGGCUGCCAGAGGUAUGUUUGGAAUAGGUGGGGUGGGAGGGAGUGUAAGUUCAACAAAAAAAGGGGGGAAAAGUGUGAUAUUUGUAUUUUAUUUUUAUGACUGUAUUGCCCUCGUGACCUAAUAAAAAACAAUUGUUCACAAAAAAGAAAGUAUUUAUUUUCUCUCUCCCUCUCUCUCUCCCUCUCUUGCAUCCCUCACCCCAUUCUAUCUUUUUGCCUCUCUUCCCCUCACCCUUCCCCUCUCUCUCCUCUUCCCCCUCUCUUUGUCCUCCAGGCUCAAUGCAGGCCAUGAAUAAGACACGGCGUAUCAUGGAGCAGGGAGGCACCCAUUUCUCUAAUGCCUUCUCCACCACUCCCAUGUGCUGCCCUUCGCGCUCCUCUAUUCUCACAGGGAAGUACGUUCACAACCACCACACCUUCACCAACAACGAGAACUGUUCCUCACCCUCCUGGCAGGCCCACCAUGAGCCUCACACCUUCGCUAUGCACCUUAACAACUCAGGCUACAGGACGGGUGAGUUUGAGCUGUGCAGGAUGCACACACACACACUUUAUUGCAUAGAGAAUCACUUUGUACUUAUCACCCCCCCUCGUAUCCUAGCCUUAUUUGGGAAGUACCUGAAUGAGUAUAACGGCUCCUAUGUGCCCCCUGGCUGGAGGGAGUGGGUAGCGCUGGUGAAGAACUCUCGCUUCUACAACUACACUCUGUGCAGGAACGGCGUGCGGGAGAAGCAUGGCAGCCACUAUCCAAAGGUUUCGUCCUUUUUCAGUUUUCCGUCAAACAUUGGAGUAACCUACUCAGAUCAAAAUUUAAUAAUCCAAUUUCAUGUUUUAUAAUACUGUUAUAAGACAGUAUAGUAAACAGAUUAUUCUGAAUCUAAAUAUUGUUAUAAGGAAGCCGUUAUGAUAAGAUCCAUUUCUCUAUUUGUAUUUAUCUUUCCCUUUCUGGGAGGAGGUAAUAUUAGAGUUCAGAUCCUCAUAGUCAGGUGAUUCUUGCUUUCACAGGACUACCUCACAGACAUCAUCACCAAUGACAGCAUCAACUACUUCCGCUCGUCCAAGAGGAUGUACCCCCACCGACCAGUGAUGAUGGUCCUGAGCCACGCUGCCCCCCAUGGGCCGGAGGACUCAGCACCACAGUACAGCACUGCAUUCCCCAACGCCUCGCAGCACAUGUAAGAGUAUAUUGUACACACACACACACACACUAAUUUGACAGAAGAUGCAGUGUGGUAGUGUACUGAAUGUACACUUGCCUCAGUAAUGAUCCUUGCUAAUUGCAUAAUUUAGACUGGCAUUGUUAAAGAGGUUAAUGUUAGAUAGGCAUGCAUAAAUUAUGAUAACACACUAUGGGUCCCAGCCUUUGUCUGCUUGGCACUGUACCCUGAAGAUAAGCGCUUGGUCGUGAAUGUUUCUCUGAUUCUCUGGGCCUGGGCUAAUGUCACCUCUCCCAUUGGCCCUGUGAGAGACAUACAGGGAGGCAGUAAUGCACCUGUGUCUUCGGUUGAUUGUCCUCUCCUGUAAGAGUGAAUCACAUAAGCAUCAUUAAAGUACUGAACAAAGGCUUUACACAGUGAAUACGUUCAGCCUGGGCUGUUUCAUGUCAAAUUUUAAUAGCUUUUUCUCAUGAAUUUACACACACACCCACGAUUUGAGCUUAUAGAUGAUCUCACUUUCCCUUAAAUAUAGAGGGAGAGAAAAUGGCUCCCCUCUUACUUUUUUUAUUUUUUAUUUUAUUUAACCUUUAUUUAACCAGGUAAGCCAGUUGAGAACAAGUUCUCAUUUACAACUGCGACCUGGCCAAGAUAAAGCAAAGCAGUGCGAUAAAAACAACAACACAGAGUUACAUAUGGGAUAAACAAAACGUACAGUCAAUAACACAAUAGAAAAUAUAUAUACAGUGUGUGCAAAUGUAGUAAGUUAUGGAGGUAAGGCAAUAAAUAGGCCAUAGUGCAAAAUAAUUACAAUUUAGUAUUAACACUGGAGUGAUAGAUGUGCAGAAGAUGAUGUGCAAAUAGAGAUACUGGGGUGCAAAUGAGCAAAAUAAAUAACAAUAUGGGGAUGAGGUAGUUGGGUGGGCUAAUUACAGAUGGGCUGUGUACAGGUGCAGGGAUCGGUAAGCUGCUCUGACAACUGAUACUUAAAGUUAGUGAGGGAGAUAAGAGCCUCCAGCUUUUUGCAGUUCUUCCAGUCAUUGGCAGCAGAUAACUGGAAGGAAUGGCGGCCAAAGGAGGUGUUGGCUUUGGGGAUGACCAGUGAGAUAUACCUGCUGGAGCACAUACUACGGGUGGGUGUUGCUAUGGUGACCAAUGAGCUAAGAUAAGGCGGGGAUUUGCCUAGCAGUGAUUUAUAGAUGACCUGGAGCCAGUGGGUUUGGCGACGAAUAUGUAGUGAGGGCCAGCCAACGAGAGCGUACAGGUCACAAUGGUGGGUAGUAUAUGGGGCUUUGGUGACAAAACGGAUAGCACUGUGAUAGACUACAUCCAAUUUGCUGAGUAGAGUGUUGGAGGCUAUUUUGUAAAUGGCAUCGCCGAAGUCAAGGAUCGGUAGGAUAGUCAGUUUUACGAGGGCAUGUUUGGCAGCAUGAGUGAAGGAGGCUUUGUUGAGAAAUAGGAAGCCGAUUCUAGAUUUAACUUUGGAUUGGAGAUGCUUAAUGUGAGUCUGGAAGGAGAGUUUAAGGUCUAACCAGACACCUAGGUAUUUGUAGUUGUCCACAUAUUCUAAGUCAGACCCGCCGAGAGUAGUGAUUCUAGUCGGGCGGGCGGGUGCAAACAGCGUUCGAUUGUUUUAGAUUGAUUAGUUUUACUAGUGUUUAAGAGCAGUUGAAGGCUACAGAAGGAGUGUUGUAUGGCAUUGAAGCUCGUUUGGAAGUUUGUUAAGACAGUGUCCAAUGAAGGGCCAGAUGUAUACAAAAUGGUGACGUCUGCGUAGAGGUGGAUCUGAGAGUCACCAGCAGCAAGAGCAACAUCAUUGAUAUACACAGAGAAUAGAGUCGGCUCGAGAAUUGAACCCUGUGGCACCCCCAUAGAGACUGCCAGAGGUCCAGACAACAGGCCCUCCGAUUUGACACAUUGAACUCUAUCUGAGAAGUAGUUGGUGAACCAGGCGAGGCAGUCAUUUGAGAAACCAAGGCUAUUUAGUCUGCCAAUAAGAAUGUGGUGAUUGACAGAGUCGAAAGCCUUGGCCAGGUCGAUGAAGAGGGCUGCACAGUACAGUCGUGGUCAAACGUUUUGAGAAUGACACAAGUAUUGGUCUUCACAAAGUUUGCUGCUUCAGUGUUAUGAGAUAUUUUUGUCAGAUGUUACUAUGGUAUACUGAAAUAUAAUUACAAGCAUUCCAUAAGUGUCAAAGGCUUUAAUUGACAAUUACAUUAAGUUUAUGCAAAGAGUCAAUAUUUGCAGUGUUGACCCAUCUUUUUCAAGACCUCUGCAAUCCGCCCUGGCAUGCUGUCAAUUAACUUCUGGGCCACAUCCUGACUGAUGGCAGCCCAUUCUUGCAUAAUCAAUGAUUGGAGUUUGUCAGAAUUUGUGGGUUUUUGUUUGUCCACCCGCCUCUUGAGGAUCGACCACAAGUUCUCAAUGGGAUUAAGGUCUGGGGAGUUUCCUGGCCAUGGACCCAAAAUGUCGAUGUUUUGUUCCCCAAGCCACUUAGUUAUCACUUUUGCCUUAUGGCAAGGUGCUCAUGCUGGAAAAGGCAUUGUUCGUCACCAAACUGUUCUUGGAUGGUUGGGAGAAGUUGCUCUCGGAGGAUGUGUUGGUACCAUUCUUUAUUCAUGGCUGUGUUCUUAGGCAAAAUUGUGAGUGAGCCCACUCCCUUGGCUGAGAACCCCACACAUGAAUGGUCUCAGGAUGCUUUACUGUUGGCAUGACACAGGACUGAUGGUAGCGCUCACCUUGUCUUCUCCGGACAAGGUGUUUCCGGAUGCCCCAAACAAUCGGAAAGGGGAUUCAUCAGAGAAAAUGACUUUACCCCAGUCCUCAGCAGUCCAAUCCCUGUACCUUUUGCAGAAUAUCAGUCUGUCCCUGAUGUUUUUCCUGGAGACAAGUGGCUUCUUUGCUGCCCUACUUGACACCAGGCCAUCCUCCAAAAGUCUUCGCCUCACUGUGCGUGCAGAUGCACUCACACCUGCCUGCUGCCAUUCCUGAGCAAGCGCUGCACUGGUGGUGCCCCGAUCCCGCAGCUGAAUCAACUUUAGGAGAUGGUCCUGGCGCUUGCUGGACUUUCUUGGGUGCCCUGAUGCCUUCUUCACAACAAUUGAACCUCUCUCCUUGAAGUUCUUGAUGAUCCGAUAAAUGGUUGAUUUAGGUGCAAUCUUACUAGCAGCAAUAUCCUUGCCUGUGAAGCCCUUUUUGUGCAAAGCAAUGAUGACGGCACAUGUUUCCUUGCAGGUAACCAUGGUUAACAGAGGAAGAACAAUGAUUUCAAGCACCACCCUCCUUUUAAAGCUUCCAGUCUGUUAUUCUAAUGCAAUCAGCAUGACAGAGUGAUCUCCAGCCUUGUCCUCGUCAACACUCUCACCUGUGUUAACAAGAGAAUCACUGACAUGAUGGCAGCUGGUCCUUUUGUGACAGGGCUGAAAUGCAGUGGAAAUGUUUUUUGGGGAUUAAGUUCAUUUUCAUGGCAAAGAGGGACUGCAAUUAAUUGCAAUUCAUCUGAUCUCUCUUCAUGACAUUCUGGAGUAUAUGCAAAUUGCCAUAGUCAAAACUGAGGCAGCAGACUUUGUGAAAAUUAGUAUUUGUGUCAUUCUCAAAACUUUUGACCACGACUGUACUGUCUUUUAUCGAUCGCGGUUAUAAUAUCGUUUAGGACCUUGAGCGUGGCUGAGGUGCACCCAUGACCAGCUCGGAAACCAGAUUGCAUAGCGGAGAAGGUACGGUGGAAUUCGAAAUGUUCGGUGAUCUGUUUGUUAACUUGGCUUUCAAAUACUUUCGAAAGGCAGGAUGGAUAUAGGUCUGACAUCUAGAGUGUCACCCCCUUUGAAGAGGGGGAUGACCGCGGCAGAUUUCCAAUCUCAGACGAAACGCAAGAGAUGUUGAACAGGCUAGUAAUAGGGGUUGCAACAAUUUCGGCUGCUAAUUUUAGAAAGAAAGGGUCCAGAUUGUCUAGCCCAGAUGAUUUGUAGGGGUCCAGAUUUUGCAGCUCUUUCAGAACAUCAGCUGUCUGAAUUUGGGUGAAGAAGAAGCGGGGUGGGGCACGGGCAAGUUGCUGCGGAGGGUGCAGAGCUGUGGACUCCAUCCUUCCUGAAAAACCUUUCCCUCGUCCACAUUUCAGACACUUAUCUUCACCCCUUGUUGUCAGGGCCUUAUGCUCCAAGGCCAUAGAUGAUUAGCCUUUUUCUAAGUCAAAUCGAUAUGCAGUAAACGUUAACUAUGCCUCCAAAACUUCAUUAGAUAUUUAGCAGUGUAUUUAUUUUAUAAUCAUUAAGGUUCCAUCUGCCCCUGAGUGAAUAUUGAUUAAACUGUCCUCUCCGUGUUAGCUGAAAUUGAUCAGUAUGGCAGCUGGCUGGUUGCCUUUUCCGUGGUUUAUAUGCCUCCAAUUCAGCAUUACACAAUACGUUCUGAGAUCACUUUCAAAGGUGUGGUUGGAGCCAUUUGCAAGCACAGGGGAAGGCUAUUGUUGUACAUGCCAAUCAUAAAACAACAUGAAACAAGUCACAGCUUUGUAUAAUCCGACAAUGCAAUACAAUAUGCAAUACAAUGCAAUAAAAUAAAAUGCAAUACACCCCAGAAUGUCAAAUGUAGACAGCCAUGCAAAAUAAACACUCUUCCAUGAAUACUAUUGUGCGCUAUUAGAAUGUUCUCUACCAUAAUACUAUUCAGUGUUAAUUCAAAAGGUAUGUUACUUCUCUUUAUAAACUGGGUGGUUCGAGCCCUGAAUGCUAAUUGGCUUACAGCCAUGGUAUAUCAGACCGUAUACCACGGGUAUGACAAAACAUAUAUUUUUACUGUUCUAAUUACGUUGGUUACCAGUUUGUAACAGCAAUUAGGCACCUCGGGGGUUUGUGGUAUAUGGCCAAUAUACCACGGCUAAGGGCUGUAUCCAGGCACUCCACGUUGUGUCGUGCUUAAUGAAAGCCCUUAGCCAUGGUAUAUUUGCCAUAUACCACGCCCCCUCGUGCAUUAUUGCUUAAAUAUAGAAUGUGAGCUCUAAAAUGCUCGCAUAAUGUCUGUUGUCAAAGCUGAAAUCCGUAAAGUGGGAAACAGCACCACUGUUCGGCAGGUAGGUUAGCGGUUAUGAGCAAUGGGCCAGUAACUGAAAGGUUGCUGGUUCAAAUCCCCUUGAUUAAGACAGCCCCCUGCACCUCUCUGAUUCAGAGGGGUUGGGUUAAAUGCGGAAGACACAUUUCGGUUGAAUGCAUUCGGUUGUUCAACUGACUAGGUAUUGCCAGUGCCUUUGUUUUGGUUUUGUUGAUGAAACGGAGGAGAGUUCAGCGUUGUGGUAAAAGAGUUGCUGUCCAUAUUCUGGUGUUCUAUCGUGCGUGCAAUGAUGUCCGAGGGGGAAAACAUGUGUUUGUUGUUUGAAGUAUCUUCUUUGUUGAUGUAAUAUCUCAACCAGACGUGGCAGUUUCCCAAACUAAGAAUUUCAGCUUUAAGCUCCUCUGUGAUUUCUGGAGGCAUAACGGUGAUAAUCUCACAGAAGUAAGCACUCCUCUGUCUCAGGUGCUUGGUAACAAAAGUAAGUUCCAUGACAGGAAAAACAAAGACUCGUCAAUGAAGAUAAAAUGUGUUGAUAACUAAGUAUGUGCAGGUGCAGUCUUCUCCUGAGAUUAUUUUCCCCCUUUACUCACUCUUUCUUCACACUAGUUUUUCCAUCCAUCCCUUUCUCAGAACCCCAAGCUAUAACUACGCUCCUAACCCAGACAAGCACUGGAUCCUGCGCUACACAGGCCCCAUGAAACCCGUCCACAUGCAGUUCACCAACAUGCUGCAGCGCCGGAGGAUGCAGACCCUGCUGUCUGUAGACGACAGUGUGGACAAGGUGGGUCAGACAGACAGACAGUGUGGACAAGGUGGGUCAGACAGACAGACAGUGUGGACAAGGAGGAACAGACUGGCUAAAUCUACCCGACUACCUGUCUUACUGUGUCCUCGUCCUCAGGUGUACAACAUGCUGGUGGAGACAGGUGAGUUGGACAACACCUACAUUGUCUACACAUCAGACCACGGCUACCAUAUUGGUCAGUUUGGCCUGGUCAAAGGCAAGUCCAUGCCCUACGAGUUUGACAUCCGGGUACCCUUCUUCAUACGAGGCCCCAACGUGGAGGCAGGAGCCAUGUGAGUGCAACUUUGAAGAUUUCUACAGUACCUUUUUCUGAAAUAUGUUUUUUCAAAGGAAAUGGUUAGCUUUUGUCUCUUAUCUCACUGCUACUACUACUCUGCUGACUGGAUCUCUUAUGCAGCACUCAUCUCUCUCCUCCACCUGUCCUUCUGCAGUAACCCUCAUGUGGUGCUGAACAUUGACCUGGCUCCCACACUGUUGGACAUGGCCGGAGUGGACGUUCCCUCUGACAUGGACGGCAAGUCCAUCCUUAAACUCCUGGACACAGACAAACCUGUCAACAGGUACAGAGGGUCACACCUUUGUUUGCAUGUUUUGGACUUAACACAAUGGAUGGACCGUGUAGCUUCAGGAUCACCUGACCUUUCUUGCUCUUGUUGCAGGUUCCAGGUGAACAAGAAGGGGAAGAUGUGGAGGGACUCGUUCCUGGUAGAGAGAGGGUCAGUAUGUUUCAUUCAUAAUCUAGUCAUGAAUCAAGAGCAAUUAAAGGGAUAGUUCACCAACAUUUCAGAAUUACUUCAUAAUUUUCCACAGCCAAGUGAUCAGAGUUUGAUGGACAGUAUGUUUGGUCGAUGUUCUAUUACUCUCAUCUGAUUCUAUCCUGUUUACACAGGAAGCUGCUCCACAAGAGGUCUGAUGGGAAGGACGUGGCCCAGGAGGAGAACUUCCUGCCCAAGUACCAGCGGGUCAAAGACCUGUGUCAGAGAGCAGAGUACCAGAGCUCCUGUGAACAGCCAGGACAGGUAUGAGUUCUGUACAAUACCCACAUAGACAGGCACACAAACACACACACACACUUAUACAUUAGCAGAAAUGUAGCUAAAUCUCUCCCCCCUUCUCCUCUCUCGGCGUGUGAAGAAGUGGCAGUGUGUGGAGGACCCUUCUGGUAAGCUGAAUCUGUAUAAGUGUAAGGGCAUGGCCAGUCUCUAUGCCUCACGUAUGCGGGCUCUGAUGGCCAGCAGCGGGUCCCAGCAGGGGGUUGGACUUGUCUCCAAUGCUGGAGACAGCUGUGACUGUGGCCCCCUAGGCCCCAAAAGUACACCCCUGAAGAGGAAGAGACUGCUCACCAAGAAGAGUGAGUAGUCCUUUCAGCGGCUUAUAUAUUUACCAUAUCAAAGACUUAUAAAGUGUGCUUGCAAAUUAUAGCAGAACAAGUCUUUUCCCCAUCAGAGGUAAAGUCCAGUAAGAGUCUGACUAGGAACCGUUGGGCCCGGUCCGUUCCCUUUGAGCUGGAUGGAGACAUGUAUGCUGUGGACCUGGAGGAGGGCUACAGGCCCGUGGGCCUCAGCAACACCAGCUGGCCCGGGGAGAGGAGGAGAGGAGCGGGCCUGCUGGAGGACAACGAUGAGGAGUUCAGUGGCAUGGGAGUCACAGCCAGGCCCACAACCAACAAGAGCCUUACACCACCUGUUGCUCUUAAAGUCACCUACAGGUGUGUGUGUGUGUGUGUGUGUGUGUGUGUGUAUAUACAGUGCAUUCGGAAUGUAUUCAGACCCCUUGACUUUUUCCACAUUUUGUUACGUUACAGCCUUAUUCUAAAAUAGAUUAAAUAGUUUUUUUCCCUCAUAAAUCUACACACAAUACCCUAUAAUGACAAAGCAAAAACAGGUUUUAAGAAAUGUUUGCAAAUGUAUUAAAUACAAAAAAAAUGAAAUAUCACAUUUACAUAUGUAUUCAGACCCUUUACUCAGUACUUUGUUGAAGCACCUUUGGCAGCGAUUACAACCUUGAGUCUUCUUGGGAAUGACGCUACAAGCUUGGCACACCUGUAUUUGGGGAGUUUCUCCCAUUCUUCUCUGCAGAUCCUCUUAAGCUCUGUCAGGUUGGUUGGGGAGCGUCGCUGUACAGCUAUUUUCUGCUCUCUCCAGAGAUAUUCGGUCUGGUUCAAGUCCGGGCUCUGGCUGGGCCACUCAAGGACAUUCAGAGACUUCUCCCGAAGCCACUCCUGCGUUGUCUUGGCUGUGUGCUUAGGGUCAUUGUCCUGUUGGAAGGUGAACCUUCACCCCAGUCUGAGGUCCUGAGUGCUCUGGAGAAGGUUUUCAUCAAGGAUCUCUCUGUACUUUGCUCCGUUCAUAUUUCCCCCGAUCCUGACUAGUCUCCCAGUACCUGCCGCUGAAAAACAUCCCCACAGCAUGAUGCUGCCACCACCAUGCUUCACCGUAGGGAUGGUGCCAGGUUUCCUCCAGACGUGACGCUUGGCAUUCAGACCAAAGAGUUCAACCUUUGUUUCAUCAGACCAGAGAAUCUUGUUUCUCAUGGUCUGAGAGUCUUUAGGUGCCUUUUGGCAAACUUCAAGCGGCCUGCCAUUUGCCUUUUACUGAGGAGUGGUUUCCGUCUGGCCACUCUACCAUAAAGGCCUGACUCUGGAGCUCUGUCAGAGUGACCAUCGGGUUCUUGGUCACCUCCCUGACCAAGGCCCUUCUCCCACAGUUGGUCAGUUUGGCCAGGCGGCGACCUCUAGGAAGUGUCUUGGUGGUUUCAAACUUCUUCCAUUUAAGAAUGAUGGCGGCCACUGUGUUCUUGGGGACUUUCAAUGCUGCAUAAAUGUUUUGGUACCCUUCCCCAGAUGUGUGCCUCGACACAAUCCUGUCUCGGAGCUCUACGGACAAUUCCUUUGACCUCAUGGCUUAGUUUUUGCUCUGACAUGCACUGUCAACUGUGGGACCUUUCCAAAUAAUGUCCAAUCAAUUGAAUUUACCACAGGUGGACUCCAAUCAAGUUGUAGAAACAUCUCAAGGAUGAUCAAUGGAAACAGGAUGCACCUGAGCUCAAUUUUGAGUCUCAUAGCAAAGGGUCUGAAUACUUACAUAAAUAAGUUAUUUCUGUUUUUUAUUAUUAAUACAUUUGCAAACAUUUCUAAAAACCUGUUUUUACUUUGUCAUUAUGGGGUAUUGUGUGUAGAUUGAUGAGGGAAUUGUUUUUAUUUAAUCCAUUUUAGAAUAUGGCUGUAACGUAACAAAAUGUUGAAAAAGAGAAUGGGUCUGAAUACUUUUCGAAUGCACUGUAUAUGUGUGUGUGUGUUGAGUUUCAGUAUUAGUGGGUUUUGAGUAGUAGUAAUAUAAUUAAUCUUUAUGUACAGUAGCCCUACAGUAAUUCAUUUUCGGGUGUUGAAAGAGAGGGUGCCGUAAGAGAGGGUGCUUUAAGGAAGUGCUAACUGUGGUAAAUGCAGUUGUCAGGUGAAGUGUCACGGUUUCGGCCGAGGCUGCCUCUCUUCCUUGCUCGGGCAGGCUUCGGCGUUCGUCGUCUCCGGAAUACUAGCUGCCACCGUUGCAUGUUUCUAUGUUCGUUUGCUUUUGUCUGAUUGUUGUUACACCUGUUAUCGUUUAGUGUAAUUAGUGUCCUAUAAGUUCUCGUUGUGUUUGUCUAGUGUUGUGUGUGAUUGUUUUACUGUCGUGCGUUUUGCUGGACGUAUUACUGUUUGCUCGGUUGAGCUGUUCUCCAUUGUGUUGGAGUGUUUUGUCGCACCUGUGUAGUGCGCCCGUUUUGUUUUCGCCUGCGUGCGGAGUUUCGCCUUCGGGCUAGUUUGUGCGUUUCUCUUGUGGAUAUUUCACUAAAGUCUUUGGACUGUACUUCUGCGUCCUGCGCCUGAUUCCACCACCACACCCACCUACAGCAUCACUGACAUGAAGAUGCUGAUAGCUGGUGUGUGUUUACCCCACAGGUGUUCCAUCCUGAUGAAUGACACAGUCAGGUGUGAUGGAGGACUCUACAAAUCCCUCCAGGCCUGGAAAGACCAUAAGCUCCAUAUCGAGCAUGAGGUACUACUCUAGUUGAUCCCCUAUCUGACCUAUUCUGUAGCCUUUCCUGUCAUUGCGGGGGUUAACUAUUUUAUAUGUGUUGUGUGCAGAUUGAAACCUUGCAGACGAAAAUAAAGAACCUGCGUGAGGUCAAGGGUCACCUGAAGAAGGUUCGGCCUGAAGAGUGCCAGUGUAACACCCCCAGUUACCUGUCCAAAAACAAAGGGAUAUUCAGACUCAAUGCAGGCCGCAUUCACUCACUCAGGUAAUGAAUGUGAGAGAGUGGUGUGUGCAUUUGUUUGUGUGUGUGUGUGUGUGUGUGUGUGUGUGUGUGUGUGUGUGUGUGUGAGAGAGAGAGGGCUAGAGAGAGAGAAACUUCCCCACAAACCAGUGUACAGCAUCUCUCUUUAUCUGUCCUCUUGUGGUGUGUCCUCAGCAAAAUGCCCUCUAAGCAGAAGAAGCAGUGGCUGAUGAAGGAGCAGAAACGCAGGAAGAAGCUCCGUAAACUUCUCAAGAGGCUCCGCAACAACGACACCUGCAGCAUGCCUGGUCUCACCUGCUUCACCCAUGACAACCAGCACUGGCAGACUGCCCCCUUCUGGACAAGUAUGGAAUGACAGAAUGCAGACUAAAUCAAAUGUAGAACAGUACAAACAGUUGUUGUAAAAUUGGGAUUCGUGAUUUCUUACCUCUCUGCUACCUCUCUGGCACAAAAUGAUAUAUUGUAUGAUUACUUGUAAGCUCCAAAAACAAGAUAAAGUAGAUACUGUAUAGGUGAGUUAAAAUUGGCCAUGCGUCUUGUUUGAAUAGCCCCGCUGUCUCUUUCCGUCCCCUGCUAGUGGGUCCAUUCUGUGCUUGUACCAGCGCUAACAACAACACCUACUGGUGCCUGAGGACCAUCAACGACACACACAACUUCAUAUUCUGCGAGUUUGCUACGGGCUUCAUAGAGUACUUUGAUCUGAACAAUGAUCCAUACCAGGUAUCUCUCUCUCUCUCUCUCUCUCUCUCUCUCUCUCUCUCUCUCUCUCACUCCCCCUAUCUCUUUUAAAUCUCACAAAUGAGAUAUAGCCUAUUGUGAUUUUUUACAGUGUUUGGUAACAUACCCUGUCCUCUGUUACUUUGUGUGUCUAUAGUUGAUAAAUGGGGUUAGCACCUUGGACCGCACUGCCCUCAACCAGAUGCACCAGCAGCUUAUGGAACUCAGGAGCUGUAAAGGCCACAAGCAAUGCAACCCAGAGACAGGUGAGUAAGAAAGAAAGACACACACACACACACACAAAUACACACACACACACAUACACACACAUAACUCUGUUAAUUCUGUUCUAUGAAAACAUUCUCUAUUUCAGGUGGUAAAGACAGAAACUCCUUCAGUGAAUACAGGUACCCUCAUUUUUCUGGCUUAAUGUAUUUUUGUCCUUUGAUGUCUUAUUAUUUCAGUUUUUCAAGGAUGAAUAUGACUAACAAUAAAUCACUCAAGUUAAAAAUAUACAGUGCAUUCGGAAAGUAUUCAGACCCCUUCCCUUUUUCCACAUUUUGUUACGUUACAGCCUUAUUCUCAAAUGGAUUAAAUUAACUUUUUUCCCUCAUCAAUCUACACACCAAUACCACAUAAUGACAAAGCGAAAACAGGUUUUUAGAAAUUUUUGCUAAUUUAUUAUAAAUUAAAAAACACAAAUAACUUAUUUACAUAGGAAUUCAGACCCUUUGCUAUGAGACUCGAAAUUGAGCUCAGGUGCAUCCUGUUUCCAUUGAUCAUCCUUGAGAUGUUUCUACAACUUGAUUGGAGUCCACCUGUGGUAAAUUCAAUUGAUUGGACAUGAUUUGGAAAGGCACACACAUGUCUAUAGAAGGUCCCACAGCUGACAGUGUGUGUCAGAGCAAAAACCAAGCCAUGAGGUCGAAGGAAUUGUCCGUAGAGCUCCGAGACAGGAUUGUGUCGAAGCACAGAUCUGAGGAAGGGUACCAAAAAACGUCUGCAGCAUUGAAGGUCCCCAAGAACACAGUGGCCUCCAUCAUACUUAAAUGGAAGAAGUUUGGAACCACCAAGACUCUUCCUAGAGCUGGCCGCCCGGCCAAACUGAGCAAUCGGGGGAGAAGGGCCUUGGUCAGGGAGGUCACCAAGAACCCGAUGGUCACUCUGUCAGAUGUAAGAACCUUCCAGAUGGACAACCAUCUCUGCAGCACUGCACCAAUCAGGCCUUUAUGGUAGAGUGGCCAGACAGAAGCCACUCCUCAGUAAAAGGCACAUGACAGCCCGUUUGGAGUUUGCCAAAUGGCACCUAAAGAACUCUCAGACUGUGAGAAACAAGAUUCUCUGGUCUGAUGAAACCAAGAUUGAACUCUUUGGCCUGAAUGCCAAGUGUCACGUCUGGAGGAAACCUGGCACCAUCCCUACGGUGAAGCAUGGUGGUGGCAGCAUCAUGCUGUGGGGAUGUUUUUCAGUGGCAGGGACUGGGAGACUAGUCAGGAUCGAGGGAAAGAUGAACGGAGCAAAGUACAGAGAGAUCCUUGAUGAAAACCUGCUCCAGACUGUUUAGAACCUCAGACUGGGGAAAAGAUUCACCUUCCAAUAGGACAAUGACCCUAAGCACACAGCCAAGAUAGCGCAGGAGUGGCUUCGGGACAAGUCUCUGAAUGUCCUUGAGUGGCCCAGCCAGAGCCCGGACAUGAAACCGAUCGAACUUCUCUGGAGACCUGAAAAUAGCUCUGCAGCGACGCUCCCCAUCCAACCUAACAGAGCAUGAGAGGAUCUGCAAAGAAUGGGAGAAACUCCCCAAAUACAGGUGUGCCAAGCUUGUAGCGUCAUACCCAAGAAGACUUGAGGCUGUAAUCGCUGCCAAAGGUGCUUCAACAAAGUACUGAGUGAAGGGUCUGAAUACUUAUGUAAAUGUCAGAUUUCAGUUUUUUAUUUGUAAUAAAUGUGCAAAAAUGUCUAAACCUGUUUUUGCUUUGUCAUUAUGGGGUAUUGUGUGUAGAUUGAUGAGGGGAAAAAAACUAUUUAAUCCAUUUUAGAAUAAGGCUGUAACAAAAUGUGGAAAAAGUCAAACGGUCUGAAUACUUUCCGAAUUAACUGUAGGUUAUACAUUUUUCUACAUUGGGUAGAUAAUAGAAUGGAACACUUAUUUUAAGCAGAUUAUAAUGUCUCUGAGGUACAUAACAGGCAUCACACAAAUUGUCAUGUUGUUAAUUUUAUUAAUGAAAAUCUUUUUAGCACAAGAUGAAUUCGAAAAUGCAAGCAUGAUAGCAGCUUCUGUUCCCUAUUUUGCAAUGAUGCCUAAUUGCUUGUCUCCGCUGUUUGUUUGUGUAUGUGUGUGUUUCCCCUGCAUGUGUGUGGACUGUAUGCAUGCUUCAGGCCAGUUCAACGUCGAAAGAGGCCAAAAGUGAAGAAGCCCUCCUCCAAAUCGAUGUGAGUUUGUCAUAACCCAUCUGUUCCUCUCAGUUCAGCCAACCUCCCCCUCUUCAUCCAGAUUACCUUGCUUUGUCAGAUGGCCAAGUAG